GGAUUCACAUGAAGAUUUGAAGUUUUUUAGGGAGUUUUGCGAGACACCACACGUUCAGAGAGUUUUAUGGUAAAACACUGGCAAAUGUCCAAAGUCCAGGGAGGUUUUGUGAAAUUUACCCCAUGCGUUUAUACUUCCGUCGGUUUCGUCCCAUUCAAACAACCGCGCCUCCUGCUCACUCCCCCCAUCCCGUCGCCACCGCUCGCCUGGCUAUUUAUUUUCCUUUUUUUAUCCCUCUCACGCAUUUCAUCGAACACCUCUCAAACACGAACUAAAACCUCAAAUUCUUAAAGCCAGAUGAUCCGCAGCAAAACCCUCAAACACCUCCUCUUCUCUCUCCCAAACCCCUUCUCCACUCAAACCUCAACCUACGUCAACGUCACCAUGAAAUUGAAGAAGGACUCCUUCUUCGACUCCAUCGACGUCCUCGCCAAAUCCAAAGACCUCCGCCCUCUCCUCACCAUCAAAAACAUCAUAUCAAACGAACCCAACCGCUCAAUCCCUAUAUCUUCGAUCUCUAAACGGGCCCGUGAGUUCGAAAUAUCCGGUAGAGUCGCGGGUUUCAUGAGAAAGUACCCGUCGUUCUUCGAGGAGUUUGUUGGGCCUCAGUAUAAUUUGCCAUGGUUCAGGCUUACCCAAGACGCUAUCGAGCUUAGCGAGUUUGAAAACUCGGUUUAUGAUAAACGCAAGCUCGAGAUUGUGCGGAGGCUUAGAAGGCUAAUUCUGAUGUCGAGGGGGAAGAUGCUCCCUCUGAAAAUAGUUCAAGGGAUGCUUUGGUAUCUGGGGUUGCCUGAAGAUUUUCUCGAGAGCCAAGAUGGGAUUCCAGAUGGGUUUUUUGAGAUCGUUGAGACCGGGGAUGGGGAGAAAGGAUUGAGAGCCGUCAUUGAUCCAAAUGAGCAAAUUCUCUCAGCAGUUCAGAGGAAUUCGAUGGGUAAAUUCCCUUUAUUCCCUUCAAAGGGUCUGCGCUUGAAAAGAAAAGUCGAAGCUUGGUUGGAAAAAUUUCAGAAUAUUCCUUAUGUUUCUCCUUACGAGGAUUCUUCGCAUUUGGAUCCAAGUAGCGACGUCGCGGAGAAGAGAGUCGUGGGUGUUCUCCAUGAAAUGCUGUCCUUGUUUGUGGAUUGUUCAGCUGAAAGGAGGAGAAUUCUUUGUCUGAGGAAGCAUUUGGGGUUGCCUCAGAAGUUCUACAAGUGUUUCGAGAGGCACUGUCGUGUGUUCUACAUUCUAUUGAAGAACAAGACUUGUUAUGUUGUUCUUAAAGAGGCUUACUGCGGGGGAUCGGACAGUGGGAUUGAGAGGCAUCCGAUGUUGAAGGUGAGGGAAAAGUAUGUUAAGUUGAUGAAGAAGUCGGACGCAAUUCUGAGAAGCCGGAGGAGUGGGAAACAUUUGGAAAAAGUUGGGAGAGGGGAGACCGGAUGAAGGAAGUCUUGAUGCAUCUGAUGAAGUUGUAAAAGAUGGCAUUUAGAGUUGGCACUCUUUGGAUCAAUUAGCGAAAGCUCUGCGAGGUUAGUCUGCAUUAGUUCCACUCUUCAGUCAGUUUAUAGUUGUUGCCUCUUUGGAAUCAUACAUUGGAAUUUCACUAUGCAUUUCACUUAAGUAUUGCAUUGAAGUUGUCUGCAACGCCAGGUGUUCAUACUUCAAUUUUUAUGUCCAGGAAAAGCAGUCUGGCUUCUUGAUUCA